AUGGUGUGUCAGCUGCACGACGGUAUGAUGGCGCGAGUCACGGACAACGGAACUGUCUCAGAGGCAUUCGCAGUGACCAACGGAGUGAAGCAGGGAUGCGUGCUGGCACCAACCCUCUUCAGUCUUAUGUUCUCUGCCAUGCUGAUGGACGCCUACCGCGACGAACACCCUGAAAUCCGCAUCGCCUACAGAACGGAAGGUCAUCUCUUGAAUCAACGGCGCAUGAACUUCCAAUCGCGUGUAUCCACAACUACCGUGCACGAACUCCUCUUCGCCGACGACUGCGCCCUAAACACACCCUCGGAAGAGGAGAUGCAACGGAGCAUGGACCUAUUCUCCGCCGCCUGCGAGAACUUUGGGCUGGUUAUCAACACGCAGAAGACGGUGGUGAUGCAUCAACCGCCACCCAAAUCAGCCACAGCCCCCAACGCGCCGCCGCAAAUCAGCGUGAACGGAACCCAACUGCAAGUGGUGGAGAACUUUCCGUACCUGGGAAGUACCCUAUCUCGCAACACAAAGAUCGAUGACGAAGUCGCCAACCAAAUCUCGAAAGCCAGUCAGGCCUUCGGUCGCCUCCACAGCACAGUUUGGAAUCGUCAUGGUCUCCAACUGAGCACAAAGCUGAAGAUGUACAAGGCCGUCAUCCUGCCGACGUUACUGUACGGAGCAGAGACAUGGACGGUGUACACGAGACAGGCACGCCGACUGAACCACUUCCACCUCAGUUGUCUCCGUCGCAUCCUGAGGCUGAACUGGCAGGAUCGAAUCCCCGACACUGAUGUGCUGGAACGGACGGGAAUCCUCAGCAUCUACGCCAUACUGAGGCAAAUGCAGCUGCGCUGGAGCGGCCACCUGGUGCGCAUGGACGACGAGCGACUACCCAAACGACUCUUCUACGGAGACGUCGCGACGGGUUCUCGCCGUCAAGGAGGCCAGAGUCGCCGUUACAAGGAUACUCUGAAGUCCUCCAUGAAAUGCCUGCAAAUCAGCCCCACUAACUGUGAGGAGCUCGCACUCGAUCGACCGACCUGGAGGAGGACAGUGAAGACAGGCGCUGCGAUCUACGAAGCCAACCGCAUCGCUGCCGCCAAAGCAAAACGGGAAGCCCGCAAAUCACAACUUCGCCCAGUCCGCAACGCCGCCGCACGACCUCUCCCUACGUGUCCUCGAUGUCAACGGACAUUCCGGCCUCGAAUCGGACUUGUUGGACAUCUUCGGAUCGACUGCACCUCUCGAAGUGCACCAACCAUCGUCCCCCCGCCCUCCUCUUCCUCAUCCUCUCCGCCGCCAACUAACUCUGACAAUUCUUCUGAACCACCACUUCCAUCCUCCUCGUCCUCGUCCUCCUCCUCCUCCUCCUCCUCCUCCUUCUCCUCCGCCUCCUCCUCCUCCUCCUCCUCCUCCUCCAUCGCUGCCCCUACGGCGGCCGCUCAGGCGGCCGUCUCGCACAUCGCCAACGGCGACACAACAACCGACACCACCCCCACCUCUCCGGACUCGAGCGAUGAGGACCAGUACUACACCUGCCCUCACUGCGACCGCACCUUCACCUCACACAUCGGCCUGGUCGGUCACUUGCGAAUCCAUCGCACGGAGACUGGCGAACCAGUGCCUGGAGCACCAACCUAUACUCACCGCACUCGUCUCCACUGCCCACAUUGCCCUCGCUCCUUCAGACAUCGCAUGGGCCUAUUUGGUCACAUGCGCAUCCACGAGAGCGGCAUUGACCGCACUCCCGACACACCCACGACAUCCACCACGCCCAGCCCCACCCUCUCUCCACCGCCACACGCGCCCAUCACCACCAACACCACCACCACCACCAAUAUCACUGCUUCCUCUACAGCUGACACCGACACCGCCGACCUCUCAUGCCCACGUUGCCCAGGCACCUUCACCUCACGCAUCGGCCUGGUAGGUCACUUGCGAAUCCAUCGCACAGAGGCUGGCGAACCAGUGCCUGGAGCACCAACCUACACCCACCGCACUCGCCUCCACUGCCCGCACUGCCCUCGCACCUUCACUCAUCGCAUGGGUCUAUUCGGCCACAUGUGCAUCCAUGAGAGCGGCAUUGACCGCAGCCUUGACACACCCACAACGCUAGCCCCCACUCCCAGUUCAUCACCUUGUGCACCCACCAACCUCUCUGCAACCGCCGUCGAUGCCACCGACUUUUCCACCCCUCACUCCUCCCCCUCCUACUCCUCUUCCGCCUUCACUGCCACAACGACGGCCGCCUCGGCGUCUGUCGCCCACGACUUCACCACAGCCGCACCCGACACAACAACAGGCAAAAACCCUGCCACCUGCAUCAUCAGACGUGAGGGCCAGGACUACAUCUGCCCUCACUGUGAUCGCACCUUCACCUCACGCAUCGGCCUGGUCGGUCACUUGCGAAUCCAUCGCACAGAGACUGGCGAACCAGUGCCUAGCGCACCAACCUACACCCACCGUACUCGCCUCCACUGCCCACACUGCCCUCGCACCUUCACGCACCGCAUGGGUCUAUUCGGCCACAUGCGCACCCACGAGAGCGGAAUUGACCACAAUUCCGAUACAACAACCACGCCCGUCAUGCCCAGCACCACCCUCGCACCAUCCGUCCGCACCACCACCAACGCCUCCUCUGUAGCUGACACUGACGCCGCCGACUUCACGUGCCCACACUGUGCACGCACAUUCACCUCUCGCAUCGGCCUGGUCGGUCACUUGCGAAUCCAACGCACAGAGACUGGCGAACCAGUGCCUGGAGCACCAACCUAUACCCACCAAGCUCGCCUUCACUGCCCACACUGUCCUCGCACUUUCAGACAUCGUUUGGGCCUAUUCGGCCACAUGCGCAUCCACGACGACCUGCGGUAG